AUGAAUAUCGGCAGUGCCGAUUCGGCACAGUCGGCUCGCGUAUGCUUGAGACUCCGGUGCGUGCGUGUCGUCGCGCCCGCUCUAGAGUGCUCGAGCGAGGAUGCCCGAGACCGCGCGAGCAUAGCCGCGGCGGUUAAGCCGCUCGAAAUAGCUAGGACUGUUGAUAUAAAAAAUAUCGUUGACGCUAUUUUAAAAAGAAAGAAACCUGAAGGAGCAAGCAGUGACAGCGAUGAUUCCGUGGGUGACCUGGCGAGACCUAGCACAUCCAAAGAACCGAACUUAGUUCCCGACUCUUCGAUAAAUGACUGCAACGAAAAUGACAUCGGUAAAUUUAUUGGACAAGCAUCAAUGUUAUCGACUGAAAUGAAGAAAGAAUUGAUUGAAAACACUUGGUCUCCGUCUGCGACGUAUGACUUUGCGGAAGACGCUAAACAUUUGAAGAGGAAAUUUAAUUAUACAUGGUUGGAAACGUACUCUCCAUGGUCGGCCUAUUCCAGGCACCAAAAAGGAGCCUUUUGUAAAUAUUGUACAUUAUUCCCGCCAAAUCCAAAUUCUUUUAGAGGCGUAUUAGGGUCAUUUAUCAUAAGGCCGUUUUGUAAGUUCAAAGAUAUUCACGAGCAUUGCAAAAAGCACAUGGAAACCCACUUCCAUAAGAUGGCACUGGAAGCCGCUAAAUCAUUUCGUGGAAGUGUGCCUGUAGAUUUACAACUCAACAAAUACUCCCGGGGCAUUAUUGAAGAAAACCGAAAAAUUAUAACAUUUAUUAUUUCCUGCAUUACGUUUUGCGGGUUGCACGACUUAGCUCUGAGAGGAAAACAUUAUGGCGAAGGUGUUCUCGAGGACUUCUAUAAGCUACGAAUUGACGCGGGAGAUUUAGUUUUGAAGAAACACAUUGAGCAUGGGAAAAAGAAUGCAAGCUAUCGAUCGAUUGCUAUUCAAAAUGAAAUUAUCGCAAUUUGUGGAGAUGUUAUUAAGGCAGACAUUGUGAAAAAAGUAAAAGAAGCAGAUGCUUAUAAUGUGUUAGCAGACGAAACAGCUGAUAUUUCCGGUACUGAACAAUUAUCGAUUGGGCUGCGAUAUUUUGACGAGGAAGCCAAUGAGGUCCAAGAAAUGUUCGUCGGAUUUGUUGAGCUGAAAGGUCUGGAUGCGAAAUCUAUUGCAUAUUGCAUCGAUGAGUUUCUGACAAAAGAAGACCUUAAUCCUGCUGAUAAAUGCGUUGGUUUUGGAUUUGACGGUUGUUCGACGAUGUCCGGAAAAGACGGUGGAGUACAAGCGAUCCUUCGCAAAAAAUAUACCAAAGCACUGUUCUUUCAUUGCUCGUCCCAUAAAUUGAAUCUGGUAAUAAAUGAUCUCAAUAUUCUUCCUGAAAUUCGAAACACCAUGGGAACCACUAAAGAUAUUAUUAAUUUUUUUCGGGAAUCUGUUUUGAGAAGAAAAUUGGUACCUAAUAUUGCCAGGCUCUGCGAAACAAGAUGGAGUGAGAAACGUAAAACUAUCAGAGUAUUUAAGGAGAAUUUUCCUGUUAUAUUGGAAGCCUUAGAAAACUUAUCGCGUGAAGGAAACAGUGCUACUCGAAAAAAUGCCUUUCAACUCCAUGCGGCUGCUUUCAAAAUUUCGUUUAUACUUUGUAUUACUUUGAUAGCUAAAUACUCUGCUUUGUUAGAACCUGUUGUCAACGCACUCCAAUCCAUAGCUUUGGAUGUGUUUAAGGCCUCGCAACACGUCAAACGCAUUUUGCAAUUGCUUAAGAGCCACCGUGAUAAUCCCAAAAGAGUCACAGAUGAAAUUGUAAAGGAUGCUACUGUUGUUGCGGAGAAAGUCGGCCUGGAGGAGGAUAUCACUUCAAUGCCGCGCAUUGUUGGGAAACAACGUCAUCGAAACAAUCACCCAGCAGAAAGCCCUUCAGAAUUCUGGAAAAGAUCAUUAAUAAUACCAUACUUGGACUCCGUUAUUACAUCGCUUGAAACACGCUUUGCUGAAGAAAAUACUCCAUCAUUUGCUUUAUCUAAAUUACACCCCGCACAAAUGCAAACGAUGUCAGUCGAAAAUCUCACAGAAACUUGUGAAACUAUCGCUCAGUUUUAUAAUUUACCAAACAUAAAAAUUGAAGUCGAGCUUUGGCAGCAAUUCUGGCAUAAUAAACCAAACUCAACAGAUCAAACCGUUGUUGAUAUCCUAAAAGAAGCAAAAACCUUCUUUCCCAACACGGAAAAAGCGUUGAAAAUUUUGAUCGCUCUUCCAUGCACGACGUGUACGGUAGAGCGACCGUUUAGCAGCCUCAGGAGACUAAAAACCUGGCUAAGAAGCACUAUGAGUGAAAAUCGCCUCAAUGGUUUGGCCAUGAUGAGUGUGCACCGAAAACUUAUACAUGGAAACUUACAAGAUUUUAAUAAUAAAGUGGUCGAGAAGUUUACAAUGAAUCCCCGAAAAUUAUAUUUUAAUUAA